CUUCAAUUCAAAUUCGAUUUCUGGAUUUUGCUCGCCCACAGCGAUCUACCACGUACUUCCUCUGUUGUGCGAGCCUUGACAUUAUAUUAUACAACUAUAGGCAUCUCGAUCCCCCGUCCUAUUAUCUUAGUUCACUAUGCCGCCGUCAGCUUCUAAGCAAAAGCGAAUGGCUGAAAAGGCCGCCAAGGCCAACCUAAAAGCCAAAGGGAGUACCACGACUGGCUCGACGCCUGCUGGCUCAGAGGCGGGGGAAAGUCCUGCGAGCACUCCGAUUACCAGCUUAUCUGCUAAUGCGAGCCAAGAAGACGUGAGAAUCACGAUGCAAAAAUUAGCCAUCGCGACGAAUCGGAGUGCUGCCGGUAUCCUAAUUUCCGAUCCUAAGGGACGAGACAUUAAAAUUAGCAGUUACACCCUAUCCUUUCACGGGCGCCUGUUGUUCGAGGGUGCUGAGAUUUCUCUUAACUAUGGCCAAAGAUACGGAUUACUCGGGGAAAAUGGAUCUGGGAAAUCUACCUUUCUUCAUUCGUUGAACGAACGUGACAUAGAAAUACCAGAACAUAUCGAUAUCCACCUCGUGUCAGCAGAGGCUGCACCGUCGGAUGUCAAUGCUGUGGACUACAUCAUAGCUUCUGCAAAGGCUAAGGUAGCCCUCAUCGAGAAACAAAUAGAAGAAUUAAGCGUUGCCGAUGAUGUGGAUGAAGCUAUGCUUGAGGCCAAAUAUGAGGAAUUGGAUGAUCUGGAUCCGAACACCUUUGAGGCUAAGGCAGCCAGCAUCCUUCACGGGUUAGGGUUUUCACAACAGAUGAUGGCCAAGCCAACCAAAGACAUGUCUGGUGGUUGGCGCAUGAGGGUAGCUUUGGCCCGCGCACUUUUUGUCAAACCCCACUUGCUCCUGCUAGACGAACCAACCAACCACUUGGAUCUAGGUGCAGUUGUCUGGCUGGAAGCAUACCUAUCCACCUACAAUCAUAUCUUGGUUAUAACCUCACAUUCGCAAGAUUUUAUGGACAACGUUUGCACCAAUAUCAUGGAGUUGACACCGAAAAAAAAGAUGACAUACUAUACAGGGAAUUACAGCGUCUACGUGAGAACCAAGGCGGAGAAUGAAACGAACCAGAUGAAGGCAUACCACAAGCAGCAAGAGGAAAUUGCGCACAUAAAGAGAUUCAUCGCAAGUGCUGGUACUUACGCAAAUUUAGUGAAGCAAGCAAAAAGCAAGCAAAAGAUUAUUGAUAAAAUGGAGGCAGCUGGUCUUGUCGAGAAAGUCGAGGUUCCGAAGUCGUUGCGAUUCGACUUCGAGGACGUUGCUAAACUGCCGCCUCCCAUAAUUGCCUUCAAUGACGUCGCGUUCUCAUACUCAGGCAAGGAGGAAGAUUUCCUGUACGAGAAUAUUUCAUUUGGUAUAGAUAUGGACUCCCGUAUCGCCAUUCUGGGAAACAAUGGGACAGGCAAAUCUACCCUCCUACAUCUUAUUACCAGUGCGCUUCAGCCAACGAGGGGGUCCAUCUCAAAGCACGUCAACCUUAAAUUGGCCAAGUAUUCACAGCACUCCGCCGACCAGCUGCCUUACGACAAAAGCGCACUCGAAUACUUCACAGCGCUUUACAAGGAGAAAUACCCGGAGAAGGACGUGAUGGCAUGGCGGCAACAGGUUGGGCGCUUCGGUUUGAGUGGCGCACAUCAGACAUGUCCCAUCAAGCAGCUUUCAGAUGGGUUGAGAAACCGCGUGGUGUUUGCGCAGCUCGCCAUGGAGCAUCCGCACAUCCUUCUUCUGGAUGAGCCAACCAACCACUUGGACAUGGGAUCCAUCGAUGCCCUGGCAAAAGCAAUCAAAGAGUUCUCGGGAGGUGUAGUUAUUGUGUCACACGACUUCCGUUUGAUAUCUCAAGUGGCCGAAGACCUUUGGGAGGUCAAGGAUAAGACAAUACGCAGUCUAACACGUGAAGGCAUCGACAUCAAAGAGUACAAGGCUGGACUGGUCAAACAAAGUAUGAAGAUUAUCGAGAAGCUCCAGACAAAGAAAGGCUCGUUGGUGUGAACCUCAACCAGUUAUGAUGACGAACUUUGAGUCUAUUUUCCGUGUAAGACGAACUACAUAGAUACGUCAUUAAUACAUACAUGGACCAGUCAUCC